AGUGGGUCACAUCAAAACUGCAAUAUACACUCCUCCAAAAUCAAUCAAAGGAUAAGACUCUGUACUAAUACCAAUCAAUCCCAUACCAAAGCAACAAUCCGCACUUCUCCGUAACAAAACCAUAAACACCCACAGGAGUUUUUUCCUUCUAUAAAAUAUUAUUAUUAUACUCAGCUCUAUCUUUCUUCUCUGAACCAAUUUCUAGAUCAAGCAGCAACUGCUUUUACAGAGUACUAUGUUUAGACACACACAUGAUUCAAGACAGACAACAAAAGUUUAACCCUGUCUGUCUUUGAGUUGGGUUUUUACUAAACUUCAAGUAAAGAUUAAAUCUUUCUAUCCUGUCUCAAUUUCACAGCUUAAACAAAGUCAACUCUGGGUAUAUAUAGAUAUUAUUGUAGAUACAGAGAGCCAAAGAAAUGGGUGAAGCAGAAGAAGCUUUGGCUACACAAGCAAGGCCAUCUUUCACUCUGAAUCUCCCACCAAGGCCUUCAAUGGAAGCUCUUUUCUCAGGUGGGCCUGGUUUGAGUCCAGGCCCCAUGACCCUUGUCUCCAAUUUCUUCAAUGAGUAUUAUCCAGACUCAGAUAACUGUUCUUUCUCUCAGCUUCUUGCUGGAGCUAUGGCUUCUCCUGUGGCAAAAACGAGUCAACUUUCUGGUAAAGAUAUGAAAAGUGAAGAUGGGAGUGAUAAGAAAUCAGGGUUUAAGCAGAAUAGGCCUAUGAAUUUGGUUGUUGCUCAGUCACCUCUGUUUAUGAUGCCUCCUGGGCUAAGCCCUUCUGGGUUUCUUAAUUCACCUGGGUUUUUCUCACCUCUUCAGAGCCCUUUCGGGAUGUCCCACCAGCAAGCUCUGGCUCAUGUUACGGCUCAGGCUGCAUUGUCCCAGUCCCAAUCUUUUAAGCAUAUUCAAGCCGACAGUCAGCUGCCUUCUCUAUUACCUGCCUCUGCAGAAACUGUGACACAUCCUAGCUCUAGCUCUGAACUAUUUUUCACACAACAAAUGCAUGAUGCAAAACUGGAACCUGAAAAUUCAAAAAUCGAUUCACCAGAUAUCUCAAAUUUUGAAAGGAAGUCAGUAUCGACUUCCCUUUGUACUGAUAAACCUGGGGCUGAUGGUUACAAUUGGCGGAAAUAUGGGCAGAAGCAGGUCAAAGCGAGCGAGUAUCCAAGAAGCUACUAUAAGUGUACAUAUGCCAACUGUCCUGUUAAAAAGAAAGUUGAAUGUUCUCCUAAUGGCCAGGUAACUGAGAUUACCUAUAAAGGACAGCAUAACCAUGAGCUACCUCUGUCCAAUAAACGUACAAAAGGUGGUAGCGACCGCAGUAGAGCUGUAAAUGCCGAGGCAAAGGUUGAGCCUGCUUUUAUAGGUCAGACUGAAUCAAGUAGGUCAGAGGAGACUGUACCUUACCAUGCAGUACCUACCGAUCAGCUAUCAACUCAAUUGGUACCCCAACAAUCACAUGAAUUAACUAAUGAUGAGGAAGGAUAUGAUGCUGAACCCAGAGUAAAUGAGUACGAAGAUGGGGAACCAAAUCCCAAAAGAAGGAAUAUAGAGGUUGGGACGCAGGAGUUACCAAUUUCCCAUAGAGCAGUAACAGAGUCAAGAAUAGUUGUACAAACUAGAAGUGAAGUUGAUCUUCUAGAUGAUGGGUUCAAAUGGAGAAAAUAUGGACAGAAAGUGGUCAAGGGUAAUCAAAAUCCAAGGAGCUAUUACAAAUGCACUUACGCAGGAUGCAAUGUUAGAAAGCAUGUUGAGAGGGCUUCAACCGACCCUAAAGCUGUCAUUACUUCAUAUGAAGGCAAACACAAUCACGAUACACCUACAUCAAGAAACAGCAGCCACAACUCCAACAAUGCAAAUGCAAACCAGUCAAGACCUGCAAGAGUGGGCACCACAAAGAAGCCUGUGCAUAACGAUAUGGACUUCGAAACAAGUCAGAGUCCAUUUCUCUUACAGCUGAAAUAAGCCUGAAGUAUCCAAACAACCUUUUGUUAUUACACUCAGGAUGGGUGUGUGGUAUAUAGUGUAAACUGUUGUAACAGGUAAAAAAAACUGCAACAAUGCACGUAUGCAAGAUCCCUGACGCAAUCAGUGGCCUUUUUUGGGUUCAUGAAUUAUUACAAUGUUAUUGGUUUUGGCCCUUUUACGAUACUUCUUUUGCAUUUAUUUUUUAGUCUGAAAUACAACAAUUAAAAGUUCGGUCA